AUGGCGGGUUUAGAUUGGGCAGACGACGAAUGGGAGGUCGUCAACGACGAUGGCUUCGUCUACAAACGCAAGAAGCGCCCCCGCCUCGACACCCCUACCACAUCCUCCUCCUCGCUUCCACCGCUUCCUGAUCCCACGGCGGAGGAGAACAACCGCCGGGAACGGAAGAGGGCCGCACUCGUCAAACUCAAGCAGAAGUAUCAAAGAGAGAUUCGCCAGUGGGAACAUUUGUCGAACACCUUGAAGGCGAUGCAAGAGAAAGCCUCCAUCCAGCAACAGACGCAUCCAGAGCUUCCUACACCGUCUUCGGACCAUGCCGCCAGUACCUCCGGGCCGCCGGGUAACUCAUCCCGGCAGCUUAUAGACGAGCUCCUUUCUCAGGCUCAAAUUCAAGAAGCCAUAAUUUGCGACAUAUCAAAUUUAUGCGAUGUUGCUGAAGCCUUGUGCAGUGCUCAAGAAGACAGGCUUAAGCAAUCAUUCAUAGACCUUCCGAUUUGGGCAAAAUCACCGCGCGAGCUUAUCACAUCACUAUGCGAAGAGUGA